AUGAUUUUCUCAUCUCAAGCGGAAGAUGUUAAUAGUUUUAAUGUUAUUAACGAUACUAAAGUGCUAUCAAGAAGGAAAAGAUUUAUCGUUUUUCCAGAAGGAAGUUCUUUUCAAUUGGUUUUCUGCACGACAUAUCCAGCUUUAACAACUAUAGGGGACAUAUUUUUAUGGGGGAACACAGCUGCUCUGGCGUACGAACUCCCUCAAGAUCCAUAUUCUCCCUUCAAUCAUAGAGCUGACCCUCUUCAUAGAAGGAUGGACACGAAAAAUAUAUAUUUCACGGAUUUUGACGGAAAAAUUAUUCAUAAGGCUCCGUAUAAGAGGAAAUUCAUAGUAAAUCCAGCGUUUGCGAAGCGUAGCGUGGACGAAAUGGUAUCCCCAGAAUUUAAAAUAGACAGAAAACAGAUGCACGCUUCGAAACACACACGAGAGUUUUUAAAAGGUGCGCAUUUGGAUAAAGUCGACUUUCAUAGGAGUAGUCGAGCGAGACUAUACCAGCAGAUAGAGGCUCUGUUUGACGGACUUGGGUCUGAUGGAAGAAACUGUUUGUUGAAGACAUUGUGUUUAAUCGGCCAGACACAAGCCAGUCCGCAGGGCGCUUUUCUUCAGGAAAUAAUGAGGGCGGUGUUCACAUUACCAAAAAAUAAUUCAACUGAUGAUAUCGACGAAGAAUACGACGCAGCCUUUUCAGCAACAGAGCCUUGUGACCAAUUGUAUCCUAAUUGCAACGAACACUCGAACAAUCUGGAAACACCGUUUAUUGGUUCUUGA